AUGAAUAUGUUAGAUGAUGAAGAUGACCAAAGCUUUCACGCUACGCGUGCCGGCUACUCCCAUUUGAGCGAUGUCGAAUGGGAUGCGGUUGAACGAAUGGGUUCGACCAUGGGCAUCCAUGCUGUUAGCGUCAUGCUAGAGGCUCUCAAUAGAGAUGCCCAACAUGCUACUAUCGCCAAGUUCAUUCAAAAUGAACUUGACGCAGAACGCGAUAAAGUAGCCUUGAUUCACCAACAAGGUUCUCAACAAGCAGAGUUGUUGAGAGAACAGGGUGCUCAACAGUUUGAACUGUUGAGACAGCAGCAGGCUGCUGCUGGCGGGUCGAUGCACUCGCGUCGAUCCGAAACCUUGAAGAUUGACAUCUCCAAGUAUAGGGGAGUCGAAGAGGACUCCCUCUUGAGAUGGUUCGUCGAAUUGGAUGACGCCAUAAGGGCGCGUCGCAUCGACGACGGGGAUAUGCAAGUUGCAUUUGCCCAGUCAAAUCUGGCAGGACUUGCCAAGACUUGGGCACUGGGGCUCAAGCUGCACGACCCAUAUGCGUUUGGGUCGUUAGAAGUCUUCAAGUCGUGA